GAAACACGAUUGAAUUCAUGAUAUCCACCAACCCCUGCAUAUCGGCUUCCUAUAAAUGAAGAACACACCACUCUGCUAAUCUUGCGUCUGCCCAUUUCUUCUUCUUCUCUAUCUCUCCCGAGAAACCCAUUUCUCUCUUUAUCUUUCUCAAGAAAAAUGGCAUCACACAUUGUUGGUUACCCACGUAUGGGUCCCAAGAGGGAGUUGAAGUUUGCGUUGGAAUCAUUUUGGGAUGGGAAGAGCAGUGCUGAGGACUUGAAGAAAGUGGCUACUGAUUUGAGAACAUCAAUUUGGAAGCAAAUGGCUGAUGCUGGUAUUAAGUACAUUCCCAGCAACACUUUCUCAAACUAUGAUCAGGUUCUUGACACAACUGCAAUGCUUGGUGCUGUUCCACCGAGAUACAAUUGGACUGGUGGUGAGAUUGGAUUUGAUGUUUACUUCUCAAUGGCAAGAGGUAAUGCUUCUGUUCCAGCUAUGGAGAUGACCAAAUGGUUUGACACCAACUAUCACUUUAUUGUUCCUGAAUUGGGACCUGAUGUCAAGUUUUCUUAUGCUUCCCACAAGGCUGUUAAUGAAUACAAGGAAGCAAAGGCGCUUGGAAUUGAUACCGUUCCCGUGCUUGUUGGCCCUGUAUCCUACUUGUUGCUCUCAAAGCAUGCAAAGGGUGUUGAGAGAUCAUUUUCUCUUCUAUCUCUUUUGGACAAGAUUCUCCCUAUUUACAAGGAGGUUAUUGCUGAGCUCAAAGAAGCUGGUGCUUCAUGGAUUCAGUUUGAUGAACCCAUUUUCGUUAAAGAUCUCGAUACUCACAGUUUGGAAGCAUUCACUGCUGCAUACUCUGACCUGGAGUCAUCUUUGUCUGGUCUGAAUGCUCUUGUUGAGACUUACUUUGCUGAUAUUCCUGCUGAGGCAUUCAAAGUCCUAACCAGCUUAAAGGGUGUGACUGCCUUCGGUUUUGAUCUCAUUCGUGGAUCCCAGACUCUUGAUUUGAUCAAGAAGGGUUUCCCAGAAGGAAAAUAUCUCUUUGCUGGUGUGGUUGAUGGAAGAAACAUCUGGGCCAAUGACCUUUCUGCAUCUCUUAGUAUCUUGGAGUCUCUUGAGGGCAUUGUGGGAAAAGAUAAGCUUGUGGUUUCCACAUCUUGUUCGCUCCUCCACACUGCUGUGGACUUAGUAAACGAGACUAAGCUGGACGAAGAACUGAAAUCAUGGCUGGCAUUUGCUGCACAAAAGAUUGUUGAAGUGAAUGCAUUGGCAAAGGCAUUGGCUGGUCAGAAAGAUGAGGCAUUCUUCUCAGCAAAUGGUGCAGCCCUAGCAUCAAGGAAGUCCUCACCUAGAGUUAAUAAUGAAUCUGUUCAGAAAGCUGCGGCUGAUUUGAAGAGUUCUGAUCAUCGCCGGGCAACCAAUGUUAGUUCUAGAUUGGAUGCUCAACAGAAGAAGCUUAAUCUUCCUGUCCUGCCCACAACCACCAUUGGAUCUUUUCCUCAGACCGUGGAACUCAGAAGAGUGCGAAGAGAAUACAAGGCUAACAAGAUUUCGGAGGAAAACUACAUCACUGCUAUCAAGGAGGAGAUCAACAAAGUUGUCAAACUUCAAGAAGAGCUUGACAUUGAUGUCUUGGUUCAUGGAGAACCAGAGAGGAAUGACAUGGUUGAGUACUUUGGAGAACAACUUUCCGGUUUUGCAUUCACUGUCAACGGUUGGGUACAAUCUUAUGGUUCUAGAUGUGUGAAGCCACCAAUCAUCUAUGGUGAUGUGAGCCGUCCCAAGCCUAUGACUGUUUACUGGUCCACUGUGGCCCAAAGCAUGACAUCUCGACCCAUGAAGGGUAUGCUUACUGGUCCAGUCACCAUCCUCAAUUGGUCUUUCGUCCGUAACGAUCAGCCCAGAUUUGAAACUUGCUACCAGAUUGCCUUGGCCAUCAAGGACGAAGUUGAGGAUCUGGAGAAGGCUGGAAUUACAGUUAUCCAAAUCGAUGAAGCCGCUCUUAGGGAAGGUUUGCCAUUAAGGAAGGCCGAAGAAGCUUUCUACCUUGAUUGGGCUGUCCACUCUUUCAGGAUCACCAACUCUGGGGUCCUUGACACCACCCAGAUCCACACUCACAUGUGCUAUUCUAACUUCAACGACAUCAUCCACUCAAUCAUCGACAUGGAUGCUGAUGUCAUCACAAUUGAGAACUCCCGUUCGGACGAGAAGUUGCUGUCGGUAUUCCGUGAGGGAGUGAAGUAUGGUGCUGGAAUCGGUCCUGGAGUGUAUGACAUUCACUCGCCUAGGAUUCCUUCCACCGAUGAGAUUGCAGAUAGGAUCAACAAGAUGCUUCAAGUUCUGGAAACCAACAUUUUGUGGGUUAACCCUGAUUGCGGGCUCAAGACCCGUAAAUAUCCUGAGGUCAAGCCGGCCCUUGAGAAUAUGGUUUCAGCUGCCAAGCUGAUCAGGACCCAGCUAGCCAGCUCCAAAUGAGGGAGUUUCCAAUCAUAUUAUUGAUUGUAUGAGUUUUCAAAUUAUUUCCCUAUGAUGUAGAAGUAGUAGACUUUGCCUAUCCACUACCAUUAUCUUGUAUUGCAUUUUGUUUCAUUUUCUCUUGUUUUCUUUGGAUAAUCAUCCUUAAAGAAGUUUAUCAAUCUAUUAUCUAUCAGCUUUAUAAUGCCCUG